AUGGAACAAUCAAUUGAUGCAAAUUUAUAUUUAACUACGAUUGAACAUUUAAGUAGUAAUGAUACAUUAGAGCUAAUAUCACAUUUUAAUAGUUUGAAGAAUACAACUGGCCAAUAUCCAGAUUUAAAAUAUACAAAUCAAUAUAAUAUACUCAAUUUAUUAUUAAUUUAUACCUUGCCAUGUAAUAUUCAAUGGAAUAUAGUCAUUGAAUUAGCCAAAUCUAUCAUAUACAACGAUAUAGAAGUAGAAGAUGUUGAAUUUGAAAAUAGAAUAGAGAUCAAGAACCCAGUGUCGUUAUUUAAAACAGCUGAUGAUUUAAUAAUUGAUACUAAUUCACAAGCUCAAUUGCUUGGAUUCAAACCAGGUGAUAAAAAUGAUAAAUUAUUAUUUAGAUUUGUACAAGCUAAGAUCCUUCAAUUAUCUUCUUAUUUUAAUGAUGUUAAGGAUAUUGAAUUAUUAUUUUCAAAUAUUGAAUUUGAAGAAUUUAAUAAUUGGUAUAUUUGUAUUAUUCAACCUUUUGAUUAUUAUUGGUCACAUAUUGGAAAAACAACACUUAAUGACUAUUUAAAAUCUGACCCCACUGAAAAGUUUGAAAUUUUAGUAGAGCCAUUUAAUGAAGUACAUAAUUUAGGGAACUGGAUUAAAUUUGUAAUUAUUCCAUCUUUGAAGUAUAGUUCUGCAUUUGAUACAUUAAUAGAGUACUUGUUUAAUACUGAUUUUGGAAUAGUUAAGAAAUACGAAGUUUGGAAAUUGGUUAUUUCUGCAUUAAUUGAUAAUUUUCAAUUAAAAGAUUUUGAAAAAUUAGUAGAAUAUUGGUUAUCAGCUGUUUAUUAUUACAGUUUUAAAGAAUCUGAAAUUGCAUCUAUUGAAAUCAUUAGGACAUAUGAUUUGAUUAAGGAGACAUUGAACUUAUUCGAUAAGAAAAAAUCAACCAAAUUAGAAAUUAGAUUUGCAGACGUACUUACUGAUUUCAGUGGGUUUAGAAAAGAGGGAAAUCCAUUAUCACCAUUAUUUAAAGUUGAAAAUAUGGGAUUCUUGAAUGAUGCAAUUGAUACAUGUCGAAAAUUAUAUCCAAUUAAUAAACUCACACUAGCCAAUUAUUUAAAAUUCAAAUUUAAUCCACUAGAAAUAGAUACUCAAGCUGAAGUUUCAAAGUUCUUAUCCAAUGUUACAGUUUCUAAUUUUGAUACGUUAAUGACAUCAGUUAAGACAUUCCAAUCACAAUUCAUAUCUGAUUCAGAAACGCCAAUAAUUGAAAAAACAAUAUUACAAAACCUACUCAAUUCCAAUCUAUUUACAAUAAUAAACGAAAUGAUAGAAACUAAUAAAUUCAGCAUAUCAAGUAAUGAAAUAUUCACGAUCGUAUUGGAUAAAUUCUGGAGUUUUUACAAUGAAGCCACGAAUUUAAAUGAGAAAAUAGGUCAUUUACAUGAAUCAAAACAAUGUCUAGAUAUAUUAUCCCACUUGACUAACCUAGAAAAAUCAAACCAAGAUGAAAUAAUACGCCUCAAGCACCUAUUUAAAGCUAUAAACUCAGUGAAAAAUUUCAAAAUUGUAAUUAAUAAAACACCAUUAACACCUUCAAAACUCCUAUCAUUCAAAUCAAACGUCUUGAAAUUAGUUACUACCAUAUUGGAACAGAAUCCGAAAUCAUAUCUUGCAUUUGAAAAAUUAUUUCGAAUUACAAAUGAUCUAAUUCUUUAUUCCAAUACUACAGAGGAUGUAUUUAAUAGUUUGAAAACAUUAGUUAUUGAAUCUGCAUUAAUUGAUGAUAAUUUCACAUAUGCAUAUACUUCAUCAAUUGAAUUAUUCGAGAACUUGAAAGAUGAAGAUAAUUUAUGGCUUACAUUUUAUCAAGUUGGGAAAUUCCAAUCACCCAACUGGAGUAUCGAGCCUAUAGACGUUUUAAUAAAACAAAGAGAAAUAUUGAGUUUAAUGAUACAGAAGCUAAAUUUGGGUGUUAAUGUUAAAAUUGUUUUGAAUCAAUGGAAUUUAGUAAAUGAUAAAAUUGAAAAGAGAAUAAGUGUGGAUGAUGAGAUUGAGGAGGAGGAGGAUGCUUAUUCCAGUCGUCAAUUAAACAAUAUUUCAAAUUUAGCUAAUGAUAUUAUUUCCGAUGCUACUAAUUCUACUAAUAAUGCUGGUGAAAAGAUUUCAAAUUUGUUUGUUCAUGGUUUGGGUUGGGCUAUUGGUGCUAAUAGGUAA